AUGGAUAAUACUCCUAAAAGGACUAGAAGAAGUUCAUUUUCCGAUGGUGAUGCUGAUAAGAGAGAUCACGGACUGCGGUCUCCGCAGACACCCUCACCGCCAGGUUCUAGUGCUAAGCAUGGUAAAUCGAAUUCUAAUAUCAGUUUUAAGACAUCCCCCCUCCAGAACACUAAAGGUGGUGGUGUAGUGCGAAAUGGGAGUAAGACGGGAGGGACUGGGCCGCCGCAGUCGCCAAGUUCGAGAGUAAGGCUGCUGCCACCUACGACACCAAAAUCAAGGAUAUCGGAGGCGUUUCUGUCGCCUUCUCCUGCAUUGCAGUCGCCUGCGAGUCAGCCGAUACCCAAAGAUAAUGACAAGCCCAUUAGAGCUAUAUCGAAUAACUUAAAAACGAGACUUAACUACGCAUUUGUAAAACUACAAAACGGCUGGCAAAACAAGACUUUACCGGAGUUGGAGACGGAGUUGGAGGGGACAGGGUCGCCACGUAAACGGCAUGGGCGAUCACCCUCAUCUACUUCUCAACCGUUGUAUCAGUACAGUAACAAGUAUGCGACCUCGGACGGUGAAGAGGCAUGUGAGUUAGAUGACUCAAUGGAAAGCAGCGCUCAAUCAGCAUUUUUAAAAGCUCUUUCCAGUCCAGCGAAAAAGCCACGAUCUGUGUCAAGAAGCGGCAUUACGCCGCCAUUUCCCAACAUACCAUCAUCUACUUCAUCUAGAAACCAGCCUUCGGAAGUCGAGGCCAUUGAGACGCUCAUGUCCCUUUCUACAUCACAAAAGCGGCAGUCGCACGGAGUUCGCGAUGUCAAGCACACUACAGGCGAGCAGACCUCAUUCACGUCGUCUGGAUCACUAUCAAGUAAUGCAAACUUCCCCGGUCCAGCCAAGUAUAUUUUUCCACCCGCGCAGCCAGCUGCCUCUGUGUCCGGUACAUUAUCCUCGCCGCAAUCUGAUCCGGCAGGCGGCUCGCCAAAAAAAGAGCUGGUGAAACCCCUUUUCCUGAACACAAUAGACAAUACGCAGCAGACGCAGCAGACGCAGCAUCAUGACCCUCACCAACCUCUUCAUCACCCUGAAAAUCAAACAGAUGUCGAAACGGAUAUUGAAGAUCCACGGUCAAGUGACACUAAUGAUGAAUUUGAAGAUAAUGACAAAUAA